AUGAACAAAAGUAAAAAUCAACAAGAACAAUAUGUAAAUUGUAAUGAAACACUUAAAGAUGAAGAAAUUGAAAAAGAAAUUAUUAAAGAAGAAGAAAUAACAAUAACAAAUAGAGAAGACAUUGAAGUAUUUUCAUUAGAAAAAGAAGAAAGAAAUACUAAACGAAUAAAAGAAAUAGAAGAAAUUAAAACAAAACUUAAUCAUAAAGAUUUAGAUGAUAUGAUGAGGAUAUUGAGAAAAAAAGAAAGAGAAAGUCAAAAUAAAGAUAUGUUUAUUCCUUAUAUUCAAAAUACAGACUUUGCAGGAAUUUUAUUAAUGGAAGAAGCAUCAGACCCAAGAUAUACAUAUUCACUUUCAUCAGGAGUAGAUGUUUGGAGAAGAAAAGUUAAUGGAAGUACAUGGAAUGGAGUAGCACGAGCUAUUAUUCCUAAUAUUACACCUAAACAAAUGAGCGAAUUAUAUUGGGAUUAUACAAAAAGAAGAAAAUGGGAUAGUUUUUAUACAGUAAUUGAAGAUCUUGAGAUUUUAGGAAAUGGAAAUAGGGUAAGUAGAACAGCAACGUGGACGCCUAAAAUGUUUAAACAAAGAGAUUAUGUACAUGUUAGAGAAGUUAUUGAAACAGAAAAUUGUUGUAUUGGGGUUUAUCUUCCAGCAGAACAUAAAGAAGCACCAAUAGGAAUACAAGGAUUUAUUCGAGGAUAUGUUAAUUUUAGUGGGUUUGUAUUUAGAAAACAAGGAAGAGAUUGUUUAUGUACAUUAAUGACUCAAACAGAUAUUUCAGUACCAUUACCAGAUUUUUUGAUUAAUAAAUUUGUUGCACUUGGAAUUAGACUAUAUGUAAGGUUAAUGAAAAAAGCAGGACUAGUAUAUGGAAAAGUAGGAAGAUAA